AUGUCAAGAAAUGCGAAGGCGGCGACAACCAAAGCCGCUGCUAAACCAGCUGCGAAACGCAAAGGAGGUAAAUAUCAAAUGCCCGAUCCGCUACCGAACGGCGAAAUUCUAACUGACCUCUGCAAGAAACAGUGGAAACUUGGACCUUCAAUUGGCAAAGGUGGUUUUGGUGAAAUAUAUUCUGCGACAGAAGUUGCAUCACAAGGGAAAAAUUCGUACGUCAUUAAAAUUGAACCUAAAGAAAAUGGCCCACUUUUCGUAGAAAUGCACUUUUUUAUGAAAGUAUGCAAAGCUGAUGAUAUUGACAAGUGGAUGUCAAGUAAUAAGAUAAAAUUUCUUGGCCUUCCACGGUUUGUUGGCAAUGGUUCACAUCAGCACAAUGGAAAACCAUACAGGUUUGUAGUUAUGGAGAAAUUUGGUAAGAACUUGGAUUCUGUUUUGAAAGAAAAUAACAAUGUACUUGACAAAGAGUUUAUAUUCAAGAUAGCGUUACAAGUUCUUGAUGCAUUAGAGUACAUUCAUAGUAGAGGUUAUGUUCAUGCAGAUGUUAAGGGUGGAAACCUCUUAUUAGGAUUAAAAAAAGGAUCAGAAGAUAAAAUAUACCUUGUUGAUUUUGGUUUGGCUUCGAAGUAUUCUAGUGAAUAUAAGCCAGACCCCAAAUGUGCUCAUAAUGGAACCAUUGAAUUCACCAGCAGAGAUGCUCAUGUAGGGGCAACAACUCGUCGAGGUGACUUGGAAAUUCUAGGAUACAAUAUGCUCAGAUGGUUUACUGGACGUCUUCCUUGGGAGGACAAAUUGACUGAUUGUGUAUAUGUGCAACAAGAGAAACUGAAGUUCAUGAAUGAUAUACCAGGACAAAUACAAAAAUGUUUUGGUUCACAACCUGUUCCUGAAGCUCUUACAAAAUAUUUUCAGUAUGUGGCACUAAUGGCACCAACGGCAUCUCCAGACUAUGAUUUAUGCCGCAGUAUAUUCCAAGAAGGAUUGAAAGCAGGAAGAAAACCUCAAAUUACAUCUCCCAAAGGAGAUCACAAACCAGCCAAAAAUUCUGUUUCAAAGAAAACUAAAAACGAAAACAAAUUAGAGACUACAGAUAUUCAGACGGUAGAAAGAAAGAGGAGGAGCCCUGUCAAAGCUGUCAAUAAUGAAAAGAAACAUGUCACUGAGGAUUCAAAACCAACAAGACCCAUGAGAGCUGCAAGAAAUCAUGUUGCAAAUGGUUAUGUACCUGAAAGUGAUUCGUUUUCAGAUGACUCUGAUUUUCUUCCAGAAGCAUCACCAAAACAAAAACAAACUGUCAAAAGACGUAGUAAUGAUAAAAACAAGGGCUCCCCAAAGAAGAAAAGGCAAUAA